UGAACUUUGUCGUUAUUUCAAUCAUUGCAAUAACGUCUUUGAAUUACUGCUUCGAACCUCGUUUCUUGGAGACAUGGGUUUAUUGGUUCUAAACAGCUGUAACAAUGUUCAGAGGACACUUCCACCAAAGGACAGGACACAUCCUCAAUAUGAGAGCAAGGGAUUUCAGUUUCGAGAGCUUGACACAGAGACUAUUGGAAGUGACAAUCUCAGAGAAGCUGUGAAACUACCUCCUGGUGUAGACAUUAACGAGUGGUUGGCCAUGAACACUGUAGAUUUCUGCAAACAAAUAAGCCUUUUGUAUGCUACUCUUGAAGAGUUCUGCACACCCACCACUUGCCCAGUUAUGAAUGCUGGGACAUAUGAGUAUAGAUGGGAAGAUGGAAUAACUGUACUUGAGCCUAAAAUGGUUUCAGCCCCUGAAUAUGCUGAGUGUCUCAUGAAUUGGAUUGAAACUCAGAUCGAUAACGAAAUCAUCUUUCCAAAAGAACAUGGAGAACCAUUCCCUUCAAACUUCGAGGAUUUCGUGAAACGGAUUUUGAGAAAGGUGUUUCGUGUCUAUGCACACAUCUACUAUUCUCACUUUAUUAUGAUUGUGACUCUCAAAGAACAUGCUCAUCUCAACACUUGCUUCAAGCAUUUUCUUCUCUUUGUAUCUAGACAUGCUCAAGAAAACAACAUGGUAUCAGAGCUCGCUAUGACUCCUGGAGUUGACUACAUCAAGGUGAGAAUGGCGGGUCAAGAAGAUCCAGCAAAGAUGAAGAACAAGGCAGUGGUACAGGAAACCACAAUGAACAAGAGAAUGAUCAAAGAAAACAGAGAACAAGAAAGAAGUGGAACUAAGAAGAAAAGUUCAGAAGAAAGGGUCAUGCUGGAACAUGAUGAAGAAAAAGAGAUUCACAUGUUUACUGCAAGACAAGAAGAUACAAAAGGAAAAGAAGAAAGCAUAUGGCUUAUUGAUAGUGGAUGUACGAACCAUAUGACUCCGUAUGAGAAGAUGUUCACAAAGAUCAACACAGACAUAAAGGUUCCAAUAAGAGUUGGAAAUGGAGCUGUGAUGAUGUCUAAAGGCAAAGGAGAUAUUGAGGUUAUGACUAAGAAAGGCAAGAGAAUCAUAAAGGAUGUGUUCCUUGUGCCGAAACUUGGUAAAAAUCUUCUAAGUAUCCCACAGAUGAUUACAAACGGAUAUCAAGUGAAGUUCAAAAGGAAAAAAUGCAUCAUUCUUGAUCGAUUGGGAAGAAAUAUUGGUGAAGUUCCGAUGGAAAACAGGAGUUUUCACAUAAGGUGGCCGUCUAAUGAAGAAAAUGCGAUGAUGACAAGGGAUGAUGCUGCUGGUUUGUGGCAUAGAAGGCUUGGUCAUCUGGGAUACUCAAAUCUGAGUAUGAUGCAGUCAAAAGAAAUGGUAUUUGGGUUACCAAAGUUUAAAGCAGAUAAAGAGAAAUGUGAAAGCUGCAUUCUAAGCAAGCACAACCGUGAACCUUUUCCAAAGCAAUCAGAGUCAAGAGCAAAAGAAAAGCUGGAACUGAUUCAUAGUGACGUGUGUGGGCCAAUGCAGAACUCAUCGCUAAGUGGUAGCAGGUACUUACUUACCUUUAUUGAUGAUGCUACUAGAAUGGUAUGGGUAUAUUUUUUGAAGGCAAAAUCAGAGGUUUUUGCUACUUUCAAAAAAUUCAAAUAUCUAGUUGAAAACCAAAGCGGCUGCAAAAUAAAAAGAGUUAGAACAGAUAGAGGAACAGAGUAUCUAUCUGGAGAGUUCACCAAGUUUUUGGAAGAAAACGGUAUAGAACGACAACUAACAACGGCGUAUACUCCUCAGCAAAACGGAGUGUCAGAGAGAAGAAACAGAAGCUUGGUGGAAAUGGCCAGAGCCAUGAUCAAAGCUAAAGACAUGCCUUUAAAAUUCUGGGCUGAGGCUGUUCACACUGCAGGUUACAUUCAAAACAGAACAUCAACCAGAGCCCUUGAGAACAAGACUCCACUGGAAGCCUGGAAUGGUACUAAACCGUCUUUAAACCACAUGAAAGUGUUUGGGAGUGUGUGCUAUGUGCAUAUACCAGAUGAAAAACGAAAGAAGUGGGAUGACAAGUCUAAGAAGGCAAUUUUUGUCGGUUACAGCUCUCAAACCAAAGGAUACAGGGCAUACCUUCUUGAAGAAAACAAGAUUGACAUCUCUAGAGAUGUCAUUUUUGAGGAAGAAAGCAAAUGGGAUUGGAAAUCCAAGAAAGUAAUAAAGCACUGUGAUCUAUCCACAGAAAUUGAUGUCAGAGAAGAAGAAAGUCCCAGAGAUGAAGAAUCCAGUUCAAGUGAUGAUGACUCAUGUGAAAGAAGGACAACUCAGCCAUAUGCUCCAAGACAUUGAGUACUCGGAUGUAAGUGAAGGAUGUUAUACUGUGUUUGAGGAGCCUAAUCUGUUUGAAGAAGCUGCAAAGCACUCAGAAUGGAAAGAAGCUAUGGAAGAAGAAAUACACAUGAUAGAGAAGAAUCAAACGUGGGAGCUUGU